AUGGCCGACAACGACUCGGAAGAACCAGUGUUGCGCCAUGGCCACCAAACAGAUAAAAUCGUUCCCAAGCUGGUCGGGCAAGCGGACAAGUUGCAACACAAGGCCCAAACACAACUUGGGAUUGGUGCCCAUGACAAGAAAGCCCCUGCCGGCGGCUUCGACGACACUCCUCUACCCAAACUUCCUCCGGGGUACACGAUCAAAAUCACGUUCCACAAGGCAGAAAACCUUCCCUUCGCAGAUUUGAAGACGUUAUCAUCCGACCCCUACAUCCUUGCUGUCCUCAAAACCGACAUACCGAAGCGACAUAAACACGACCCUGACCUGAAGUUGCGAACGCCGACGAUACAUCGCAGCACCAACCCGGAAUGGAAUACCGAAUGGAUCGUUGCCAAUAUACCCAAAUCGGGAUUCUAUCUGAAAUGCAGGCUAUACGAUGAGGACCCGAGCGACCAUGACGACCGGUUGGGAAACGUGCAUAUCAAUAUCGAUGCGAUCGACGACAAAUGGACAGGCUUUUCGCAUCGCAAGUUCGAGUUGAAAAAGCGCAUGGGUAGCAAAAGAGCGUAUACCUUCCGUGGAGCAGCAGCCCUGGUGUCAAGACGUAUCAAGAUGAGCGGGGAUCUCAUUGUCAGUGUCGAGAACCUUGGAAGGACCGACGACGACAACGGGGGACGCGCAUAUACCAUUGGACCUUUGGCCUGGAGUCGGCACUUUUCUCCUCUCAUUGGACGACUAGUGGGCAUCAAAGACACAGAGGAGGGCCAGGACGGGAAGAAGACCGAAAAGUACAACUUUCAGGCGAUCCAGAUGCAACUUCGCGGACCUGUUCCAGCGGACUUGUACCAUCGAUAUGUGGAGUUCAAACCUUUUGUUGCCGGCAUGUUCACAGCCCAUUCCCUACGUGGUCGGCUGUUGAAUCGUGCCCUUCACCACCAACACGCUCGAAUCUACAACUACGACCGGACCACCAAGUAUGGUAUCUUCCAGGAGCCGUCCAUAGAAAUGACCAAACAAUUUCUGGAUUUCGCGCACUGGGAUGAGGGUGGCCGGAUCUUCACCUAUGUAUUGACAUUGGACGCUCAACUACGCUUUACUGAGACGGGGAAAGAGUUCGGAGUUGAUCUACUCAGUAAACAUACCAUGCACAGCGAUGUUAGCAUCUACAUUGCCUUCAGUGGGGAGUUCUUCAUCCGGCGGAUUCGACAUGCUCAUCUCCACAAGAAGGACAAGAAUGUCGAGCCUACCACGGACACCCACCCUCCAGCGCCGGAUCCCGAAGAUAGCAAUGACGCAGACAAGGCCCAUGAGGGCAACGACGGCAACAUCAACAGUACCGACAAGAAGAAGCGCGAUAAGUCAAAACCAAAAGAUUCGAAUUCGAAUCUGAAUUCGCUCUCCAGCAGGGAUCCAUCAGACUACGAGCUCAUCAUAGAUAACGACAGCGGCACGUACCGGCCCAAUGCGAAAAAGCUUCCCUUGUUCCGCGAUUUCCUGUCACGGAAUUUCCCGGGCCUCAAGGUGGUCACGCUGGAUUGCCAAGCGGACGAGGAGAAGAUGAACAAGUUGAAGAACGAACAGCGAGAGCGCAAGAAACAAUCUGGUCGACAGGUCAUGUAUAUGCAGAACAUGAGUAUGAGCAGUCUCAGCUCGAGUGAUGAAGAAAGGCUUGAACACGAGGCCACAGAGGGCCAGCCAAAGGAAAGCAAAUACAAGCAUGAGAUGCACAAGCUGAUGGAUGGGGGUACCGACCAGCAUCAUGAUCCUAUGAUGGAAGAGGUGGGACAGCAGGAUGGAAGUGCCCAGAAGAACAAUCCAAAGGGAGGACAAGAUGGUGAGAAAAAUACUAAGCACGAGGCUGAUGGAGGCAAUGUUCCCAAUCCAGAGGCUGUGAAGCAGCAGUGA